UGCCCAGUGUACCCUACUGCUUUGCUCCGCUUUGCUGCAUCUCAGACUUGUAACACCAGGCAAGGAUAUCCUGGAAACUAAGCUACAGUCGGCUGAUGCAAACAAAACCCAGGGGGUUCCCAAGAGCUUUCGGGUACGUAAACUGAAAAGGGGCGAUCUGUCUCAGCUUGAAAAUCUCCCAUGGCCAGGAACCUAAGUACACAAGCUGUUUCCACUCGGGGGGUCCUGAGGAAGAGAAGGAUGAAAGAAACUACAAGCCCCAGCAUGCAGUGCACAAUCUGGCUCCUGGAAAGAGGGCUUCGGUGGGGCGCUGCCCGACCGCUGGCCGUAGGCGAGAUGCCUACUGUCGGCCAACCAUAAUGUUCAGAAUGAGGAAGACAAGCGGGGCGCUGUGAAUGAGCCCUUAAGUCCCGUAUUCUUGACGUUUGCGGUUUCGCGGGGGGCCCUAGUAUGCUGGGGAGUGGAAUUUCUGUGGGCCUGUCUUUUCGGGCCUCGCCGGUGUCGGACGUCCACGGUACCGGCGCCUCCAGCGUAUACAUGGGACGCCCGGGCCGGAUAUGAUGUAGCCGUAGAGGAAGAAGGAAGAGGCGGAGCGGGGCGCGGUGACGUCCCUCCAAGAUGGCGGAGAGAGCGUGAAGAAACUCUUCCCCCUUGGAUUGCUCCAGAACAAGGGUAAAAUUCCAUUCUGAUAUCAAAAUGCAGUAUUCGCACCACUGUGAGCACCUUUUAGAGAGACUGAACAAACAACGGGAAGCAGGUUUUCUUUGUGACUGCACCGUAGUGAUUGGGGAAUUCCAGUUUAAAGCUCAUAGGAAUGUGCUUGCCUCAUUUAGUGAGUAUUUUGGUGCGAUCUACAGAAGCACUUCUGAGAACAAUGUCUUCCUUGAUCAGAGUCAGGUGAAGGCUGAUGGAUUUCAGAAACUGUUGGAGUUUAUAUACACAGGAACUUUAAAUCUUGACAGUUGGAAUGUUAAAGAAAUUCAUCAGGCUGCUGACUAUCUCAAAGUGGAAGAGGUGGUCACUAAAUGUAAAAUAAAGAUGGAAGAUUUUGCUUUUAUUGCUAAUCCCUCUUCUACAGAGAUAUCUAGUAUUACUGGAAACAUUGAAUUGAAUCAACAGACUUGUCUCCUUACUCUACGAGAUUAUAACAGCCGGGAAAAAUCAGAAGUAUCUACAGAUUUAGUUCAGGCAAAUCCUAAACAAGGGGGUUUAGCAAAGAAGUCAUCUCAAACUAAAAAGAAGAAGAAGGCUUUCAACUCCCAGAAAACAGGACAGAAUAAAACAGUGCAAUAUCCCAGUGACAUUUUAGAGAAUGCAUCUGUUGAAUUAUUCUUAGAUGCAAAUAAAUUAUCCACACCUGUAAUAGAACAAGUUGCACAAAGAAAUGAUAAUUCAGAACUCGAGUUGACGUCAGUUGUGGAAAAUACUUUUCCAGCACAAGAUAUUGUGCAAACUGUUCCAGUGAAACGGAAACGUGGAAAAUCACAACCAAACGGUGCUCUGAAAGAACACUCUAUGUCUAAUAUAGCCAGUGUCAAGAAUUCUUAUGAGCUGGAGAGCUCUGGGGAAGAGCUGGAUCAGAGGUAUUCCAAGGCCAAGCCAAUGUGUAACACAUGUGGGAAAGUGUUUUCAGAAGCCAGCAGCUUGAGAAGGCAUAUGAGAAUACAUAAAGGAGUUAAACCUUAUGUCUGCCACUUGUGUGGAAAGGCAUUUACCCAGUGUAACCAGCUGAAAACGCAUGUAAGAACUCAUACAGGUGAGAAGCCAUACAAAUGUGAAUUGUGUGAUAAAGGAUUUGCUCAGAAAUGCCAGCUGGUCUUCCAUAGUCGUAUGCAUCAUGGUGAGGAAAAACCCUAUAAAUGUGAUGUAUGCAAUUUACAAUUUGCAACUUCUAGCAAUCUCAAGAUUCAUGCAAGGAAGCAUAGUGGAGAGAAGCCAUAUGUCUGUGAUAGGUGUGGACAGAGAUUUGCUCAAGCCAGCACAUUGACCUAUCAUGUUCGUAGGCAUACUGGAGAAAAGCCGUAUGUGUGUGAUACUUGUGGGAAGGCAUUUGCUGUCUCUAGUUCUCUUAUCACUCAUUCUCGAAAACAUACAGGUGAAAAACCAUACAUAUGUGGUAUUUGUGGGAAAAGUUUUAUUUCCUCAGGAGAGCUCAACAAACACUUUCGAUCCCAUACAGGAGAAAGGCCAUUUAUCUGCGAAUUAUGUGGAAAUUCUUACACAGAUAUUAAAAAUUUAAAGAAGCACAAAACAAAAGUCCAUUCCGGUGCAGAUAAAAUUCUAGAUUCUAGCACAGAGGAUCAUCCCUUGAGUGAACAAGAUUCCAUACAAAAAAGCCCGUUAUCAGAAACAUUGGAUGUGAAACCUUCUGAUAUGACUUUACCACUCUCUCUUCCACUUGGAACUGAGGACCACCACAUCCUUCUGCCUGUCACAGAUAAUCAGUCUCCUACAUCAGAUACAUUGUUGAGAUCAACUGUGAAUGGAUAUUCAGAACCACAGUUGAUUUUUUUACAGCAGUUAUACUGACUUUGUGAGGAAUAUGGAGUUGCUAAGACAUCUCUGGUAGUAAACAUAAACAUCUCUGGUAAGGUGCAUCUAUUCAUAUUAAAUUACCAUUCAUUUGAGUUGUAACCAUUAUUUUUCAUUCACUGAAGUAAACACCUGAUGCUGCAUCGUAACUGCAAUGCUUGUUUUGAUUUUUGGCUUUUAUGUCUAGAUUAUAAACAACGUGUUAAGGCGUGAAUUAUGCUGUAGUAGCACUAUUUUGGAUGGAUUAGUUAUAUUUUCCUUUAGAGCUGCCUUAAUUCAUUUUUAUUUUGCAUUUUAAAUUGCCUUUCAUUUAUUGAAGUGGAAUCUUUCCGUUUAUAUGAGUUAGUUUUGACCUGUGGGAUUUUUUAGUUAUUUCCUCUCAAAAUUUAAGCAAAAUUCAUGAUAGUAUCAGGCCAAGAGUGUUGCUGUUACUAAGCCCCAUAGAUCAAUAUAUAAACUAUGGGGGAAAAGUAAAUUUUCAUAUUUCUAUUUAAGAGAAUUUAGGUACUGAAUAAGAAUUGUGUUAUUUAAUUUAAUCCAUUGGAGGUAACUUUUCUAAUGAAUUUAAAAAGUUUUUCAUAAAAGCUAAAAAACUGUAUGUACAUUUUUGUUCUUUUAGAAUUCAGUAUUCUGGAGAAAAGCAAGGGUCAGUACUUUCAACUUAACUGCGUUAUCUGAGACUACAUUUGCAAAACGAGUUUUAAAUAGAUCAUUUGAUGUUUUUACCUUGUUAGAAGACAGUUUCAAAAUGUGAUUCAGGUUAUGUUUUAAUAGGUUUUUAGAUUACUGGUGAUAAGGAAAAUAUACUGAGUUUCAAAGAUUUUUGAUAAGCCUCUCUUACACCUGUUACACUCUUUUUAAAAUACUAAGUUCUAAAAAGAAUUUUUUAAAUAUAAACUUAAUGCAUACUCUAAACCACUUGGUCUCUGAAUUGACACAUUAUAAUUACAUAAAGAGUUAAGAAACUAGUUUCAGUAAUAAGUGAACAUUUGAGUUAUCAGAAAGCCAGUUUAUUAACUAUUUUAUAUUUAAGUUUUCUGUAAGUUUUGAGUUUUAAAAUUUUAUAAAUUAAACCACAACAUUUGGGUGUUGUCAUAGUUUCACAGUAGUCUGUUUCCUUCCUGCUGAAUGUAGAAAAUUAUCAUUCUGAUAGUUACUACCAGUCUUUCCCAUCCCACUUUUCUCACAUAAUUUAUUCAUUUUACUGCCUAAUCUUUGGACGUUAAAUUAUCAGUUCCACAGAGUCAAUUCCUAUAUUGCUGAUCAAACCCCAUUGUGACAUUAUUUCUUACUUCUGCCAUGCAUUAGUUGUGGCUUAUUUGUUUUCUGGCUUUAAACUACACCUGUAAUAAAGUUAAUGUGGGGUUUUUUUGGUAUUGAUUUCUUUAAUUGUAUUUUCUCUGGCAUCCUAGUCAGAGGAACCAACUAGAAGAGGAUGUAGUAAAACUCCUUAAUUCUUGUAGAGAUUGUCACCAUUUCUCAAGACACUCAGCAUUUUUACAGUGGAUUGUCACCAGUGGGUCUGACUUAACUGAAUAGAGUUUGAACUGUUGCCUUUGUAUAAUAGACAUCAAGCUUAGUAUUUAAUUAUUUAUCUAAGAAAUCUAAUUAUGCAUGUGUAUUAAUAUACUGGCUUAAAUACAAUUUACAAAGUUAUAAAAUGUUCAACUAAUCUAUUCUGGCUUAAAUUCAAUAGGAAUUUAUUGGAAUGUGAAGAAAUUAAAGAAAAUUAAAAGACUCAGCCUCUUUAAGAAGUCUGCUGAAAUGGAGAGGUUAUAUUUAAUUCACAUCUUCAUUAAUUCAAGCAUCUAAUGAAUAAAAUUUCAAAAACUGCUGCAGUGAUGCCAAAAUUUUGUGAGAGCAGUAGUUACCAAAUUUCCACUAUUAUGCUGGUAAUUAGCAUUUUGCAUAGAUUAGUCUUCAAAUUUAUUAUUGUUAAUAUUAAUGGAUUGGAAUGGCUAAGGUUGAUUUACUGUGCUUUUUUUUCAUCACGUUAUCUGCUUCAUAGCUAAAAUAAUUUUAUUUUAAAUUGACAUGGCUUGAUGUUCUUCCAGAGUGACAUGUAAGAAAUCUUGAAGGCUGAGGUUCCUGUCUUGUCAUUCUUCUCAUAAUGCUAUACCCUUCUUUAUCAUAAUACGUAUAUAUUUCAGUUGUAUCUGGUAUUUUCCUAACACUCAUAAUUAUUUUAAUUAAGCCCAUUUUUAAAUAUAUUUGUUACAGUGCAGUUUGCGGAAAAGUCUGUUCUUAAUUAAAUCUGACUACAUUUUUGAAAGUCUGUUUAGGAUGUUGAAGAUCUUACUGAGAAAUUAUUUUCUAAAAUAAUUUUGUAUGUAUUAGAUUAUUCCUACUGUAUUGUUAGAGUGUAGACUUUUUAAAAAGAAACGAUAGAUUAUAUAUAAAUGAUUUUUUGCUGUUUUUAAAUGAUAUUUGUUUUACGUUUAAUUUCAUAGGAUGAUUUUGAUAGACAAAUUUUAGAAAAAAUUUUCUUAAAAGAUUCUAUCAGUUCUCUUGCAAAAGUAGUUGAUCACUUCUGUAUGUUUCAAUUCUGCAGAAAUCGUACAAAUGAGAGUAGUUGAAAUGUACAUGUAUAAAGACAAUGUACAUGUUCUUGUUUUUUAAAAUAUCCUAGAGUAAUAGUUCUAACAUAUGAUGCAUAUCAGAGACAUUUAAAAUAACACUGUCCAAGCCCCACCCCACUUUAGGCCUACUGAAUCAUAUAGUCUCUGGGACAUACAUGCUGGAAAAGCCCCACAGCUGGUUUUAAUGUAACCAGAUGUUCGGAACUAAUAUCCUAAAUUUUUUUUUGUAUUCUUUGGAAGCAUUUAAAAUUGAAGCUCUUGAUAUAAUUUUCCAUCUCAUACUCAGAUUUUGAGUCUUUAGAAUUUCCCUAGAAAUACCACCGAGUAAAUCCUACAUUCUUACUCAUUUAUGAAUAGUAUGUAGAUUUAGUUAUUGGAGGAUUAAUUUCUUGAGACAAUGGUAUGGUUACUCUUAUUCUCUGCAACUCCUGCCCCCAUUCAUUCAAGAAAGAGCUGGUAUAUUUGCUUAAGGAAUAUGGCAAUUAUCAGGUAGACAUAAUAACGAUCCAGAAAUAGGGUAUUUAAUUUCAAGAAGAAUAUACUAAUGUAAACAUCAUGGAUGUGAACAGGUACUUGGAUUAAAAUGUCUGGGCAAUAUUUGAAGUGCUAGAAAGUUAUUGAAAUCAGGAUACAUAAACCUAGCAAAGAUAAGAUAAAUGCCACCCUUUAAGUCAAAUGGGAAAGACAAGCCUGAAUAUAAUGGCAGUAAAACAAGACAGAAUGUCAAGUGUUAUGGGGGAAGGCAAGGAAGGAAGUACUGAGCAGUCAAUGAGAGUUGAAUGGACAGAAAAAGGGCCGCUUUCCCCUGGAUAGACAAACAAGAAGAAAUGGAUGAUGGUGGUGGGAAGGACUGUGCGCACAGCCAACUGAAAUAGGCUGAAUGAAGAAAGUAUGAAACAGGGAGGAGAUAGGAGUCAAAGACACGUCCAGCACUAUGCCUACACCAUCUUACAUGAAAUAAUCCUCUGUCCUUAACCUGUGCUGAAGGAGUAGGAUUGGAUAGCCAGGUUCGUAAUCCUAAUGUCACACACCCAAGCACGGUUGACUGCCGAAGGGCAGGGAUUAGAGGAUUAGGCAGCCACAUUUGUAAAACAUGAUUCCAUACUCAUGUCCACAGUUUAGCUGAACACCUUACCAGGGAGAAACAAUUCUUAGGUCUGACUGAGCUAGUUAGAUUCUCAAGAAUUUGAGCUCUGAAAUUCAGACAGGUUUUGGUAUACGUGUAAGUGAAAAGAGCAUUUAGAACUGGCUCAGAGUGAGGGAAGGAAGCCAAAAUCUAAAGGAAAUUAUGUAUAAGCAGAGGAAGUUGAUCUGUAGAGUGAAGCAAGGGAAUGAAGUAGGUUCACAGAACCAAGCCACUGAUUCCCUAUGAGAGAGGUGUGGCCUUGCUGUCUGGCUUUGCAGUCCCGUUCUUGACAUGGCUCAGCUCUAUGCUUCCUUUCCUUGCCCUUGGGUGCCAGUGAUUUUUUUUUCCUGUUAUAUCCUUACAGUAUAGCCCCCUUUUCUUACACAGGCUUGAAUCUGUUUCUUUUCCUUGCAGUUAGCCCCGACUUAGACACCUAAGUUUUGAUCCUUAAUUAUUGAGAAGAUGGUGAUGCUAUUAACUGUGAUAGGGAAGAUAGGUAGAGGUUUAUGGAAGAGAAGACUUUAUUUUAGAUACACUGAACUUGGUUGGUGCUACAACAGCCAUGUGAAAAUGUCUAAGAGUACUUGGAAAUGGAGCCCAAAAUCCAGGAGAGGUUAAAGCUAGAGAUCCAGAUCUUGUAGCAUAAGGCUAAUAAUUACUGCAAUAGAAAUGAUUAAGGCAGCCCUGGGAGAUGGUACAGAACAAAAGAUAAAAUCUUUGGGGAAAUACUUUUAAAGAAUGAGCAAAAGACAGGAGGGCCUGGGUGGCUCAGUUCAGCAUCUGACUCUUGAUGUCAGCUCAGGCCUUGAUCUCAGGGUCUUGAGUUCAGGCCCUGCUUUGGCUCCACACUGGGUGUGGAGCCUGCUUAAAAAAAAUGAGCAGAAGAUGGAAAAGGAGAUAAAAAGUGGUAACAGGAAGAACACCAGGGUAGUGCAAGUUUUACAAAGACAGAAGUGGUUUUGUACUGGUCACAUGGUACAGAGAAAUUAAAUAGGGUGCAAAUCAGACAGCUUUGGGUUGGGUAAUUGGAGCAUGGUGGUCCUUUGAGAAGGCAAUUUAUAGUAAUAGCAGGAGUAGAAGUGAGGUGGAUAUAGUCUGAGUAGUUCAGACUUUGAAUACUACUACCUAGCUGAAAAGCAGUGUGGAGCAGGAUCAUUUUUUGUCAAAUAUGUAAAAAAUACAAAGCACGUUAUUACUUGUUUUCAAAUCUGAAACACUGUAAAAUGAGCAUAAUACGAUUUGCAACAUUAUAAUCAGAGGCUGUAUUUGAGCCUGAUCUUAAAGGGUGAUAAGAGAAAAAUGGAAGGAAGCUUUAUAUGGUUGCAGAUUUACUCAUUACAGUUCAGAUGUGCAGAGGAUGUGGAGUUUUCUGACAGAACUUGGAUUUCUUUCCUCUUGAACUCCCACCCCAUGGGAAGACAGGAAAAAAUUAACUUUUAGUCCCAGCCAGUUUAAAACUUAGUCUGCUAUAAAGGAGAUACAAUUUAUAAGAUUUUAAGGUAAUGCUUAAACUUUUGGAAAAAUGCUUAUUUCUGUCCUUUGUCGUCUCUUUAAACUGGUGUCCAGAUAUAUGGAGGGGACUUACAUGAUAUAAUGUUAUCAGAGAAGACAGCAUCUGCAGUUCUUCCGUUCUUUGGGCAUCCUACUGGCCUCUGAUGCAGUAGGCCACAGCUUGUAAAAUACGUGUGAUCAGGUUUUUCCUAGCUUGGUCAGAGCCCAGUAGUUCUUGACUGAAUUGGCCUCACCUGAGUUGUAACAAAUGUGGCGAACUCUGACACUUCUGCAGCUCUGUCUCAAGCAGGCCAGUGUAGAUCAAGGUGCAGGUUUAGCCUGUGCCACCCCUCUGCAGGCUCUAAGUAAGCCUUUUUGCUUCCCAUUCAUCAGCUUGCUUCCCACUCAGCUACCUUCUGAGUCCCCUUGGGAGAAUAUAAAGAUUUGUGGGUCCCCUCCGUACCACACAAGAACAGAGAUUAGCCUGGGCAACAAAUCUCAUUACCAAGGUUUACUUUCAUAUGACUGUGCCCUACCUAGUCUGAUGAGAGGCCACCUCUUUCCGGAAUCCUGUAAACUCCUCUGCUUCCCAGCAUAUUACAGAUACUUUAAAGCAAUGAAAGAUGGACUGUUGCUACAUUAAAUAUGAAUGAGUCACAUUAAUGUUGUGCAAAAGAAGUCAGACAUAGAGUGACUACUGUAAGAUUCAGUUUAUAUAAAAUCAAAAACAGGCGAAACUACUCUGGUGUUAGAAGGCGGAAGAGUGGUUGCCUAUUGGAAGAAGGUUGAAGGAGCUUCUGGGCAGCGUGUGGCAUUUACUGUCUUUAUCUAGGUCAUGGCUGACACGGACAGGUUAGCUUUGUGAUAACUCAUCUACUUGUUCACUUAAGGUAUGUGUACUUUUCAAGGGGCACCUGGGUCGCUCAGUCGGUUAAACAUCCAACUCUUGAUCUCAGCUCAGGCCCUGAGCACAGGCCCUGAUCUCAGGAUUGUGAGUUCAAGCCCCACACUGGGCUCCAUGCUGGGCAUGGAGCCUACUUAAAAAAAAAAAAAAAAAAAAAAGAUCGGUGCACUUUCUGUAUGAUUGCUAUACUUCCGUUUUAAAAAGUAUAUAUUAAAAAAAAUUUAAGAAUGAGAAAACCAGAGCAUUGGUUCUUAAACUUCAAUGAGAUUAAAGUAUAUAUUAAAAAAGUAUAUAUUAAAAAAAAUUCAAUGAGAAAUUCAAUUCAAUGAGAAAAAUUCAAUAUUCAAUGAGAUUAAAGUAUAUAUUAAAAAAGUAUAUAUUAAAAAAAAAUUUAAGAAUGAGAAAACCAGAGCAUUGGUUCUUAAACUUCAAUGAGAUUAAAGACCUGGAUUAUAAAAAUGCAUUCCCCAGACUAUCCUCAGAAGUUUUGACUCUUAGAGUCAGUAGGUCUGACUCUAAGAAUCUAUACAACAUUUUGCCCCAGUGGUUCUGAUGCUCCACACUUUAAAAAUGCUGAUUUAGCAUCUGUAGUUUAAGAAACUCUCCUUAACUCUCUGGACUUGAACUUUGGUUCAAGUACAAGAGGUUUGUCAUAUUAAUUGUUGAGUCUGAAUUUAUUGGACCUCUAAUUGCUAGGAGUAGCAUUUCCUCAUCACCUUAAUGUUUUACAAAUGUAAUGAUGGUUGUUUAAAAUGUUCCUUUUUUUUUUUUUCCUAUAGUGUGGUUUUAUUGCAUCCAUUGAAUUCUGCAAAUUUUCAAAUUUGAGUAAAAGAUAAAAAUUUUAUUCAUUUCCUAUUGCAUUUUUAACAAUACAAAGAUAUUUGAUUUUCCUGGGACAUAUAGCCUUUUUAGAUACAGAUAUUUAGUUCUAGACUAUUCAGCAUGUGAUAAUGUAAAAGAACUCUGUAAAGAACAACCAGUCUUUAUAUCUGCAGAGCAGAAAUCUUAAAAUGGAAAUAAAAUAAGAUUUGAACACAUAGAAUGUUGCCAAGUAAGGUUUGAUAAAACCUAAUAAGUAAAAUCAGUAACUAGUAAAAUCAGUCAGUUUAAGUAUCAGGAUACAUAAUGUCAUUUAUAGAAUUCUAUAAUCCAUACAGUUUUGUUAGUUCCAUUGUAAACAUUGGCAGAUCUUUAUGUGAUUUUCACAUCAAUGGAAGGUCAUAUUAUUUCUAAAAUUCCAUUACCAGAUUGUGAAAGUUUUCUUUGAUAAUAACAUAAACAAUAUUUAUCUUAAAAAAUACAACCACUUGAAAUCCAUUUCACACAUUGUUAAUUAACAUGAACUAUUGAUUAGUAUUUUUCAACCAAUUUCAGAUGUUUUAAGAUUUUGUUUUUCAGCACAGACUCAACCCGAUAGCAACCAUCUGUCCUGUCCUGGAUGAUUCAGAUUCAUCUCUGAAAGCAUGAGAAUGGAUUUGAUGUAGACAUUCGAGAACGUGGGGUUUGUUUUCAUCGACUGUGAAAGUGCAACAAGUCCUUCUCCCUCUAUGUUGUUGCUGACUACUGACAACCUAUGAGAAACAGGAAGUAAUAACCCUGGAAACCCCGCUACAAACUUCCACACAGAAGAUGCAUAACUUAGCCAACAACAUUUGACAUUUUAUUGUGUAAAAUCUUAGGAAUUACAUUAAAGAUACUUAGUGCUAACUAAAAUCCAAGAAACUUCAUUUUCUAAGUGGAUGCUUCAUGUACCUAGUAGAGUUACCUACGUUUUAGAAGUCAGCAGUCUGUUUUAUAUCAUUCAGCAAAUGUCGGGGUGGAUUACAAAUAUACCCUUCAGGAUAAAGUCAUCCAAUAAUAUUUUGAUUAUUUUUUGUCUUGAUCAUAUUGAAAGAUUAUGAUUUUUCUGUAGAAUUCAGGAUAAAUACUGUAGGCAGUAAGAAUUUUCUUAGUCUUAAGCAAUCAUAACUAGAAUCAAACUGAUUUUUAAUAGACAUUACUUUUGAAAAAAAUUGAAAUGUUUGAUGUCAGUUUAGAAACUGUUUUCAUAUUUCAUCAUGAGUCUUGAUUUUUAAAGGGCUUGAGGUAUUUUAGAAGUUUAAUCAAAAUAAGAAAAACUUAAAUAUAAAACCAUACUAACGCUCUAAGGCUCCUGUUGUGUGAAGCAAGAGUUUCACUGAGAUACUUUGCUCCUGCAUUUUCUAUUCUGUUAAAAGAAAGAUCUAGUACUUCCAGGGUAGUAUUGCUUUUCAGUACAUCAGCCAAACACAUCAUUCCAUCAUGAGUUAUUCUGUUGCUGGGAAGGCAAAAAAAAAAAAAAAUACAUGGUUACAUUUUAAAAUAUGAAGUAUUCUUUUAUUUAUAGAGAUUAACAUGCUUCAAGACUGUUGUAUAGAACAUCACUUUCUAGUUUAGUAAAGAUUUUAAUCACUCAGUUUC